GCCAUUUGACAGUUGACAAAAAAAUUCCGGUAUCGCAUACCGCGCGCGUUUUCCUAGGUUUUGAGUAAAAAUAAACAAUAUAAAAGAAUAUCAGCGACUCAGAGGUGAAAUUUACGUCUUUUUAUAUAAAUUCAAGAACCCCUAACGUUAGUUUGUUCUCAAAAUUAGUGAUAUACUUGACGAUUGCCGCAAAAGAAACCGUUAGAAAUUUCCGUUUUAUACCCUACGCGUAUUUGAACAUCCGAGUGCACAUUUGUCAUCUCCGUGUGAACCACUCCCGUUGCGGGUUUACGAAGAAUUUUCUCAGAUCAAUAGUUGCUAGUAUGGCGGUGAACGUUUAUGCCACAAACGUUACAAGCGAUAACCUCAGUCGUCAUGACAUGCUGGCGUGGGUUAACGACUGCCUUUCGUCGUCGUUCAGCAAGAUAGAAGAAUUGUGCACGGGAGCAGCGUACUGCCAAUUUAUGGACAUGUUAUUUCCCGGCAGUGUACCCUUGAAACGUGUCAAGUUUAGGACUGUGUUGGAGCAUGAAUAUAUACAGAACUUCAAAAUACUUCAAGGUGGAUUCAAGAAAAUGAACGUCGAUAAGAUCGUCCCGAUUGAUAGGCUUGUGAAAGGCAGAUUCCAGGACAACUUUGAAUUUCUGCAGUGGUUCAAGAAAUUCUUUGACGCGAACUACUCGGGCUCUGAACCUUACGAUGCCCUAGCUAUGAGAGGAAAUGAACAAAUGGGUGGAGGUGGACAUAGUGCACCUCGAGGGUCUGGUUUGUUAAAACGCAAUACGCCCCGUGAAGCUCCAUCUAAGCCUGUUGGCAGAGCCGGUGAGGGGCCUCCAUCUCCCCUUCAAGCGCCUACUUCGAAGCCAGUAGGCAAAGCUAUGCCUAAAGUCCAACGUCCAGUAGCAAAACCUGCUGCUGUUGGUAAUCGUGGUGAUUCUGGAAAGAUUGAAGAGCUUAGUGCACAGUUGAUGGAGCUGAAACUGACCGUUGAUGGUUUAGAGAAGGAAAGGGAUUUCUACUUUGGUAAACUUCGAGAUAUUGAAGUUAUGUGUCAAGAUUGUGACAAUGGUGAACCACCGCAAAUCGUUCAGAAGAUCUUAGAUGUUCUUUAUGCAACUGAGGAUAAUGGGAAUGGCCAGGAGGACGAAGAGACCUAUUAGCAUCUCUUCUUGGUUAUGUUUCAUUUCCAUAGCAGGUCACUUACUUAAGGAUGGUUUUGCCCCGCCUGAAGAACAAGAUGGAGAUGUACUGGUACCCGGAGAUGAGGAGGAAUACUAGCCUUGUUUUUAAGAACAGAAUAUUGUUAAGUGAAAUGCGUUUUUGUUUAUCUAGUUUACGAGCCAGUACCGCUAUCCGUCGCGUCAGUACAUCACCCUGUAUAGCUGUUUAAGCGCUAAGCUGUGUCGAAAUGGCUUGUUAUUAAAUGUUUGUAUGUAUACUGAAUUUGAAUCGACAUCGUAUGCAUUUUCUCAUCUAGGUCUUAACGUUUAUGUUGAUAUACUGAUGUUCAAUACAAAUUUCACUUAUUCGCCCGAAUAUUGUUAAAAAUAGUUAAAGUAAUGUUUCAAUUCUAGUUAAUUUUUUUUUAACCAGAAAUAUAUGCUAAUCACAUCGAUCAUCUUUGCCUUGAGUUAUUUCAUUAUAAAUCAGACUGAGAAUGAUUCAGUUUCGAACAAAAAUGGUCACUUUUCUGAGUUCUGUAUAUAGGUACAUGUAAUACGCAUCUAGGAUUAUAUUU